AUGGAAAAUGUAUCAAGCCCAUCUCUUUUAUCAUUGUCAUUAAAUAAUAAUAAUAAUAUAAAUAAUAACAAUAAUAAUAAUAAUAAUAAUAAUAAUGUUCCUUUUAUUAAUUCUUUUAAUGUCAAUCAGUUGGACGAGUUUGAACGUAAAACCAUCGAAUAUGGUAGAUCGAUUGUAUAUGAUAUAGCAAGGAUUGAGGAAUUGAUUUUAGCAUCAGAGUUUGUUAGUGAAUUAGAGAUUGUUAUGUUUUCAAGGAGAAUGACAUCAAAAUGUUCAGAAUUAUCAACAUCAAUUUCACCAAAUAUAGCGGUUUUGAGACAACAAAUUCAAAUACUUCAAUCAACACCAAUUAUAAAUACUAAUAACAAUAAUAAUAGUAAUAAUAAUAGUUCAUUAUCAUCAUCAACAUCCUCUUCACCAAAUCAAUCAUCACCACAAACCAAUCGAAGAAGUGCAGGUUUAUUAUCAUCUUAUUCUCCAUCAUCAUCACCAAAUUUAAAAUCACAUCAAAUGAAUAACAACAACAACAACAACAAUAAUAAUCAAUUAUCACAAUCAUUGUUUCUAUUAGAUAGUAAAUCUAUUGAAAAAAUGGUAAAAGAAGAAUGUUUUGGUAUUAUAGAUCCAGAGGAACUAAGUCAUGAAGAGAAGAGUAAAUUAAUUAGAUCCACAGUAUCAAGUGUUAAUAGUAUAAUUAUGACAGUCAAAGAAUAUAACAAACAACAUCAACUUGGUAAAGACCUAUUACCACUACAAAAUGAAUAUUUCCUACAUCGUACCAAUAUCUUACAAUCAUGGAAAUUCCUAACGAUUUUCGUAUCGAAAACCUCUUGGAAAAUACCAAAAUUACCACAGCCACCAACUAAAAGUUGUAGUAGCAGUAGUAUUGUAACAACACCUGUAAUAAGACAAAUUAGAGAUAUCAAAACAGAUGAUAUUUCAAACUCAAAUUCAAAUUCAAAUAGCAAUAAUAGUAAUAACAAUUCAAUACCAUCAUCACCAAUUUUAUCUGGUUCACCAUCAUCAUCAAUUUCAACACCACCAAUCCUAACUUCACCAAUAUUACAACCACAAAAACCAUUGAUUCCACCAAUUUUAGGUAGCGCAGCAAGUAAUAAAAGAUUAUCAAUGAGUUUUAAUUCAUUUUUUGAUGGUGCUAGUAAUGGUACUAUUAAUAAUAAUAGCAAUAAUAAUCAACAACAACAACAACAACAACAACAACAACAACAACAACAACAACAACAACAAUUAUCAUCAUCACCAGAGAAUUCACCAAUUGUAUCACGUGCCAAAGGUAAUAAUAUUAUCACUUUGACAAAAACUAAUGUAUCAUCAAAUGUAAAUAAUAGUAAUAGUAAUUCACCAACACAAAGUAGUAAAAAACAACAUAAAUCAGCUUUAAAUGUUAAUAGUAGCAAUGUAUCAGUAAAUAGUAAUAGUAAUAGUAGUAGUAAUAAUUCCACUACCUCUGUAAUAAAACCUGAUCUUUUCGAUCAAAUCUUUCAAUUGAGUGAUACUUUAAUGACUUUAAUGUAUCAUCUUAAAAAUAUUCAAAAAAUUAAAUUAAAAAAACAACAACAACAACAACAACAACAACAACAAGGUGGUCCAAUAACACCAAGAGGAGUAUCAACACCACGUGGUAAUCCUUCAUCAGUAAAUAAAACAACAGCGUCACCAACAAAUAGUGGAUCAACAACUCCACUUACUCAAUCACCACCACUAUCACCAAUUUCAAAUAAUAAUAAUAAUCAAUCUUCACCAACAUCACCAUCAUCAUCAUCAUCAACACCAAAAAUUGGAACUUUAUAUAUAGAGCAAGCAAAGAAUGUUAUAAUUCCAAGUUUAUUAUCAAAAUUAUUGGAUAUUUGUAAUCACUUAAAAAUUAAAAUCACUGAUGAAUCUCUCAUUGAUCAUCUAUUUAAUUUAUCCACUAUAAACUCAAAUGAUUUAAUUGAACCAUUGGAAAUUGUAUUGGAGAUGUUCCAAAAAUUCACUUUCUCACAACCAACUAUUGUAAUCGAAAAUCCAACGACUUCAAAUCCAACUUCAACGACAGGUUUAAAUAUUAAUAGUUUAAGUAAUAGUAAAACAACUAAAUCCAAACCACCACAUCAUCCAAAAUCAUUAGAGUCAAAAAAUCAUGAUAAAACAUCUUCAAGUCCAAUAAAAUCAAUAUUUAAAUUAAAUUCAAAAGUAAAAGAUAAAUCAGAUAAAUUAGAUAGUAUAAAUAAUAACAAUAGCAAUAGUAGUAGUAGUAGUAAAAGUCGUCCAACGACACCUAUAUUAUCACCUAUAUCCUCUCCAAUUAUAUCACCUGUAUCAUCACCUGUAACUUCACCAUCAUCAUCAUCACACUCAAAGAUAUCACCAUCAACUUCACUUGAAAGAAUUAGUGAUCUUAUACCAAUUUCAUCACCAAAUAAUAAUAAUAAUAAUAAUAAUAAUAAUAAUAAUAAUAAUAAUAAUAAUAAUACAACAACCACAACCACCACCACCACCACAACAACAACAGCAAUAACAAACACAACCGACACUGUACAAAAUCAAAAUUUAAUUUAUGACCUUUUAAAUACAAUUGAUAAUAACGAGGAAAUGGAUAGAUAUAAUAAUGUAAAUAAUAAUAAUAAUGGAAAUACAUCACCAAUGUCGGUGGUGGUAUCAAAUAAUGAUCAACAAACUGUAACAUAUGGAUUUAAAGUACCAGAAUUAAAUAUAUCAAAAUUAAAUGAUUCAACAACAACAACAUCAACAUCAACAAAUAAUAAUAGCGGUAAUUUAGGUACAAGUAUUAAUAAUAGUAAUAAUAAGAAAUUAAAUCAAAUUUUAGGAGCAUCAGAAGAUGUAUUAUCAAAAAAACAAUUAUUAAAACCAAAAGAUUUAUCAAAACAAAAUAAAAUUGGUUUGUCAAUAUUUUCAAAACAUUUACGUUCAAUGAAACAAAAUGAUGAACACCAACAAAGAAAUAGUUUUAAUCAAUUUUGGUUAGAAGGUUCAACUCAUAGAGAACGUCAAGAUCAAGUACCAUUAGAUGAAAAACAAAGACAUCAAAUCACUUCUUUAGGUAGUUAUGUUUCAAAUUUAGUUAUUAAAGGUUUAUUAGCUUCUGCAACUCCAAUUGUACCACCACAUUUAGAAAAAUAUUCAUCAUGUGUAUUAUUUGCAGAUAUUUCAGGAUUUACAUCACUAACAGAAAGAUUAGGUAAUCAUGGUAAAGAAGGUGUUGAAUUAUUAACAAAGAAUUUAAAUUCAUAUUUUACAAUACUGAUAAAGAUAGUGAAAGGAUUUGGAGGUGAUAUUGUAAAGUUUGCAGGUGAUGCAGUAUUAGCACAUUGGCCAACCAAUGGAGAGUUGAUAAAUAGGGUUAGAAUUGCAUGUGAAUGUUCAUUGGCAUUACAAAAGAAGUUACAUAAUUUCCCAGUGCCAGGUGGAUUCUUAACAUUGCAUAUUGGUAUUGGAUGUGGUGAUAUUAGUGGGGUUUACGUUGGUGGUUGUAAAGAGAAAGUAGAGUUUUUAAUUUGUGGUGAAGCAUUAAUUCAAGCUACUCUAUGUGAAAAGGAGGCAGAGUCUGGGGAGAUCUAUGUAUCACCAGCCACUCAAGAAAAGAUGAAACCAUAUGCAACCUUUUCACAAAAGAAACAAAAACAUAACUACAAAUUGGAAUCGAUAACAACCCUUUUGGAGAAAGAUUUAAUCAAUGAUUUCGAUUUCCUCUCAACCAUGGUUGGCUCUCAAAUCAAUCAUAAAUUCUUACAAGAGUUACCACUACUAAUGGAUAUGGAGGAUUCUUUGAAAAGAUUCGUACCAAAUGCAGUUCACAAUCAAUUCAAAAAUGAUUAUUUGGCAGAGUUACGUUAUAUCACUGUGUUAUUUAUGAAUUUAUCCUAUGGUACUCCAAAUCCAGACACAGAUUUAGAUAAACUUCAAAAUAUUGUAUUUGAAAGUCAAGCGAUAGUUUAUAAACAUGAAGGUACAGUUCGUCAAUUUAUAGUGGAUGAUAAGGGUUGUGUCCUGAUAGCAGCAUGGGGUGUACCACCUUAUUCACAUGAGGACGAUCCAUCACGUGCAGUUGAAGCUGCAAUGGAGAUUGUGGUAAAUGUUUUCAAAUUGGCAGUGAUUUCAUCGGUUGGUAUCACCACUGGUAAAUGUUUUUGUGGUGAUGUUGGUAGUGAUGAACGUAGGGAAUAUGCCGUGGUUGGUGAUAUUGUAAACUUGGCAGCACGUUUAAUGUCACAUUCACAAGGUGGUGUACUUUGUGAUGAAGAAACCUCGAAAACUGCAAAAAUGAUUGAAUUUGUUAAAUUGGCAAAUCCAAUCAAAGUCAAGGGUAAAGUUGCCCCAAUCAAUGUUUAUAAACCAAUUAAAAAAUUACAAUCAAUGAAAAAUUCAUCACCACGUCAUAUGAUAAAGAAUAAAGGUAUCAUUGGAAGACACACUCAAUUACGUCAAAUGGCAAAUAUAAUCGAUCAAAUCACAAGUAAUUCUGGUCCAACUCAUGUCGCAAUCAUUGAAGCUGAAGCUGGUUUAGGUAAAUCUAGAUUAAUCUCUGAAAUUAAAUAUUCAUUUUGUAUGGAUUUAAAAAUGUUUAAAGCAAGUGGUAUUCAAAUGUCUGAAUCAAUCUCAUUUUAUAUUUGGAAACAAAUUUUAUUACAAUUUUUAAAAGAUGAAUCAAUUAAUGGUUAUCAAUCAUUUUCUGAUUUUAAUUUUACUCAAAUUCAAUUAUUAAAUCAAGUUUUAGAUAUAAAUAUAAUCAAUAAUAAUAAUAAUAAUGGCAAUGAAAAUAAUGAAAAAUUACCAAUAGUUGAACAAAAUCAAUUACAAACAUCAGUUAUUAAAUUAACAUCAGAAGAAUUAAAAGAGAAUCGUAGAUAUUCAGCACAACAAAGAGCAGAAUCAUUACAAUUGACAAUGAUGAAAAUUUUAACAAAAGCAAUACCAACUGGUAGUAUUAUUGUAAUUGAUGAUGCACAAUUUAUGGACAGUGCAAGUUGGACAUUAACAUUGAAUGCUGUUAAAAAUUUAGCAAAUUGUUUAAUAAUCAUUUCAUUACGUCCCUCAAAAGAUGGUAUACCCUAUGGAUUCAGUCAAUUACCAACAGAGUUGGUAACGAAAAUUCAAUUGGAACCAUUGAAUGGUAAGGUUGAAACCACACUAUUGGUAGAGAGAAUGUUAGAUUUUCCAAGUGAUGAAAGUGGUAUACCAGAUGAAAUCAUUGAAGAGAUCUAUAAUCGUUCACAAGGUAAUCAUUUUGUAAUUGAGGAGAUGGUGAAUGGUCUAAUUUCAAAUGGACUAAUCGAUGAAGCAUCUUCAAGAUUCAUUAAUCCUAAAGAGGCAAUUGACCAUGUUAGACUAUCAUUACCACGUACUGUAACAUCAUUGAUCACUAGUAGAGUCGAUAGAUUAUCACCCAUUCAACAAUUGGAGUUGAAAAUUGCCUCUGUAAUUGGUAUGCCUUUUACUGUUGAUUCACUUCAUCGUAUUCUACCAUUGGAUGCAAUUAGUAAACAAGAUUUAGCAAAAGAUUUAGCUGUAUUGGAAAGAUUGGAUUUCAUUAAAUCAACAACUAUUAAUACUCAACAACAAUUACUUCAACAAUUACAACAACAACAACAACUUCAAAAACAAUUAUUAAAUAAUCAAGCUGAUCAUAGUUCAUAUAAAACUAAUAAUGUUUUAUUAUUAGCAUCACAACCAAAUAUUAAUAAUAACAAUAACAAUAAUAAUAAUAAUAAUAAUAAUAAUAACAAUAAUAAUGCUAAUGAACAACCAUCAACUCCAACUUCAAUUAUUAAUAAUAAUUUAUUAUACUCAUUUCAUCAUACUCGUACACAAGAAGUAAUUUACGAUUUAAUGUUAUUCUCACAAAGAAGGGAGCUUCAUCAAAAGAUUGCUAAAGUUUUAGAGGAUACUUGUACACCACAACAUUCUUUAUUCAUUUCAUUGGUUCAUCAUUAUCAUUCAGCUCAAAAUAAUUCAAAAACCAUUGAAUACGCAACGAAAGCUGGUGUUUUGGCCCAAGCUGAAAAUAAUAAUAAAGAGGCAAUUAAAUUCUUUCAACUUGCUCUAAAAUGUAUGGAACAAGAAUUCAUUGCAGAGGAAGAAGUUAAAAUUCAUAAAAAAUUACAUCGUCGUUCUUCCUCUCAAAAUUUAAAAGAUGCUGUUAGUAUCUCUUCAAAUUCAAAUAAUCCAAAUAAUAUUUCAUUUCAAGAUUUAAUGGAUUCAAAUAAUUCAAAUUUAGUAAAUAGUAAUUCAAAUAAUAAUAAUAGUAAUAAUAAUAGUAAUAAUAAUAGUAAUAAUAAUUCACUUAGUAAUUUAGGUGAAGAUAUAAAAGAUAAAGAUAAAGAAAAAGAAAAAGAUAAGGAUAAAGAAAAAGAAAAAGAAAAAGAGAAAGAGAAAGAGAAAGAAAAAGAUAAAGAAAAGGAUAAAAAUAAUAAUAAUAAUAACAAUAACAAUAACAAUAAUAAUACAAUAUUAAAUCCACCAACAUUAGCAGAUUUAGUUAGUUUAGGAUUUAAAAAAGUACCAAUUGAAAUUAUAUCAAUAACUAGAAAAUUAGGUUUAGCAUUAUUUAAUGUUGGUAGAUUUAGACAAGCAUCUUAUCAUUUAUUGAAUGCAUUGAAAUAUUUAGGUCUUGAACCACCAACACCAAAAGAUUAUUCAAGUGGUGCAAGUAAACCAAAAUUAAGAACUUUGGCAAAAGCAGCUGUAAGACAAGAUUCAGCUACAAAAUUCUUUUCUUGUAAUUUAGAUAUGUUAGAAAAGAGAGAAGCAAUUUUAUGUUUAUUCGUUCAAAGUAAAAUUUCAUUACAUGAUUGUUCAAAAACUUUAGAUUCUUGGUGUUCUUAUGUUUCAUUACAACUUUCAUUUGAUAAUAGUCAUAGUAGUAUUAAAAAUAGAUUAUUUAAUAGUUUAGGUAAUAAUAAUAGUAAUAAUAAUAAUAAUAAUAAUAACAAUAAUAAUAAUAAUAAUAAUAAUAAUAGUUCAAAUAAUAAUGAACUAUCAUCAAGUUCAACAACAACAACGACAACAACAGUACAAACAUCAUUAACAGAUUGGAAUUUACAAGCUGAAGCAUAUUCAAUUGGUAUACGUGUUUUAGGUAAUAAUGGUGAUUCAUCAACACCUUUAAAAUAUUAUGCAGAAGUAUUAUCUAAAAUGGAUCAAACAAAUGGAUUUGUUUAUGGUAAUAGUCAUCAAAGUUGGGGUAUUUAUAUGUCUGGUUUAGGUAGAUGGGAAGAGGCAGAAAGUGGUUAUAAGAAAUCGAUCGAGGCAUCACAUAAAACGGGUGAUAAAAAGUUGAUGGAAGAAUCCAAUAUAUUCUUAUCGGUUUGUUACCUUUUAUUGGGUAGCAAUGGUGGAAAGUUAUCAUUAAUCUAUCAACAAACCACUAAAGCUUUGGAGAGUGCAAGAAAUCGUGGUGAUAAUCAUAAUCAAAUAUUGGCUCUAACAGUGGAAGGUUGUGCAUUAUUUUACGAGAGACAAUUCCAACGUUGUCAUACCAUUCUACAAGAUAUUGAACGUUUGGUUGACCUAUUGUCAAUUAAAGAGCUAUCGAAUUCUGCUCAUGCAAACUAUACCAUUCUAAAAGCUCAAAUUGCAAUCAAUGAAAAAGAUUGGCAAUUGGCUUAUGAUUGUUGUAGACGUGUUUCAAUUAUCAUUAGUAAAUGUGAUGCCAAUAACUUUUCAAUGUAUGAAGCUUACACUGGUUUACCUUUGGUACUCAUUAAAAUCUUACAAAAUCAUCAACAUAUCUCUGCUACUGCUGUCACUGUCCCCAAAUCAAGAUUAGUCACCGAAAUUAAUGAUUCCAUAACCAUUUUGGAAAGAUUUGCUGAAACUUUCCCAAUUGGUCAACCAAGAUUACUUUUGGUUAAAACUUUAAUGUUUGCUUUAGGUUAUCGUGAAUCUGAUGAUCAAAAUAAUUUAUCUGCAUUAAAAGAAGCAAAAGAAAAAUGUCAAAAACUUGGUAUGUCUUUUGAUUUUGUUUGUAUUCAUAAUCCAAAUAAUAAUAAUAAUAAUUCAAAUAAUAAUAAUAGUGGUGGUAGUGGUUCACCAAGUGGUAAUAAUAGUCCAAUAAAUAAGCGUUAUAGUGUUGGUGGUAUUGGUAAUUAUCAACAAGCCAAUGGUGGUCAAGAUAUAAAAUCUCCUGUAUUAUCACCACAACAUUCAAUUAGUGAUUUCCAUUAUACUGCUGCUGAUACUGGAACAACACAACCUUCAGUUCAAAUCGGAAGUAGUAGAUCUAGACCUGUUAGUGUUCAUGAAAAUGUAAAUUCAUCUCAACCACUCAGAACAGUAUCAUCUCAAGAUUUAUCUAGUUCAUCUUCUGGUUCAAAUAAUUCCUAUAAUGGUAGUAGUGAUCAACAAUCACCUCAAUCACCACAAUCACCACAAUCACCACAAUCACCUCAAUCACCACAAUCACCAAAUUCAAUAACAUCUCAACAAUUUUCACCUCCAAAUCAACCAUCAAAUAAUGGCGCAAAAAAAGAUAUUCUAAAAAAGAUUGGUAUUAAAUUUUGGAAAGAAUAA